AUCCCAGUCUCUCUCUCCCAUCAUGUCCGACGAGGAAGAUCUCUCCAAGAAAUACAUUCUCAAGACCGCUCCGUUCGACGCGCGGUUCCCCAAUCAGAACCAGACUAGGAACUGCUGGCAGAACUACUGUGACUACUUCCGGUGCAUCAAUGCGAAGGGCGAGGACUUCAAGCCAUGCAAGACGUUCAAAAUGACCUACAACUCAUUGUGCCCCAAUGAAUGGGUCUCUCGAUGGGAUGACCAGCGGGAGAACGGAACGUUCCCUGCUGUUCUCGACGGAUAGACUGGACCUGUUCUCGAAUCACUCGUGCCGGAGCGGAGGAUCACAUGAUUGUGGGAACAUACCGACGUUGCUUAGAUUGAGAACCAGUAGCUCUGCAAGAAUAUGUAUUGAAUGCCGGUGCCCGGCGAACAAUGCACCCGUUUACACUGCAACGUUAGAAACUCGGUGGGGAGUCGCGACCAACCCAUACCCAGCCCCAAGCUCAAAAGAUUACCAUCGUGUAUCCACUUUCGGGACUGGUGAGUUCUGAUGGCCUGUCAUUUCCGCUUCGCUUCCCUCCACCUUGCCCUGCGAACCGUAAGUACUAGUGGCGUUAAGAUCAGAACGAAUCCUGCAUACGCGUUCACCUGUCUUUGCCAUGUUGUCCGACCUCUGAAGUCUGAGCAAGGUCCAUAAUCUACUGUGGUGCUGGAGUCCUGUCUACGCGCUAUAAUGCGAGUAAUCAUGUCCACUGCUUCGCCGUGACAUCCUCUAUUCGCGGUUGCCGCGGCGGAUUUACGUCUCCUUACGUCCGAACCGGCUCUCGCAGUCUUUCUCUCUCUUCCUCGACUUCCUCGUCACUGGCACGCAAUCGGCACCCAUGAACUCUGUUACCGGGUCUGAGCAUUCCGACUCACUAGUUAUCCGGGGUGCUCGACCUCUGAAUGCCGAAGCACGGGCUGCAGACCUCGUCGAGUUUGAAAUCACUCCGGAACGACUGGUGUACUGUCGAAACCAUGGACCGGUACGCGAAUUCGAGGAGUGUUCCUACUUUCUCACAAUCAAGACUGACGACAACACUGUCCUUCUCCGCCUCUCAAUCCCCGAACUGCGGCAACAAUUCGACAAGUCCAGUGUUGUAGCAGCUCUGCAAUGCGCUGGAAACCGGCGCAAAGAAAUGGCUGAGACGAAGCCUGUGCAGGGCGUAUUGUGGGCAGACGGUGUGGUAGCCAACUGCUCAUGGGGUGGCAUCCGACUUUGCGAUCUGCUGAGGCGUGUUCCUUCAGUGGAAGAUUAUGCCCAUGUCUGCUUUGCCUCCUACGCCACAUUGUGUGAGGACGACCAGUAUUAUGGGGCAUCCAUUGCUAUCGGAACCGCUUUGGGCCACAGCGAGGAUGUGCUACUGGCCUAUGAGAUGAACGGAGAAACGUUGAAUGCCCAGCAUGGAGGUCCCCUGCGCGUCGUCGUUCCAGGACAUUUGGGCGCGAGAUGGGUGAAAUGGGUCGAUACAAUCGUGCUUUCUUCACGCGAAUCUCCGAACUUUUAUCAGCAGCGGGACUACAGGAUCCUCCCUCCCGAGGUCGAGACCAAGGCUGCCGCGCUACCGCUGUGGCACAAGUACCCGUCCAUGACGGCUCUACCAUUGAAUUCCGUGAUCGCCUCUGUGAAGCGCGUUCCAAACAAGGCGUCGGGAUACGAUAUCCACGUCAAGGGAUAUGCCUUAGCCGGUCCGAAUGGGAAUGUCGUCUCUGUUCAAGUCAGUCAUGACAACGGUGAGUCGUGGAUGGACGCAUCAAUCAUCUACCAGCAAGGGAGAUGGAGCUGGACCUUGUGGGAGGUCACCGUCUCGAGUGUAUCUGAUACAGGUACAAUUUAUUCAAGAGCCAAGGAUGAGAGUGGAUUCAUCCAACCGAGGGAUUGUCUCUGGAAUCUUAGAGGAGUCGCCUUUAAUGGAUGGGGCGUGGGAAGGUGGUAGGAUUCAUUAGGUCACGUGUUUGCUUGCAACCUCGAUUUCGUACCACGAUCAUAUAAACGCGUUGACGCGUAUAUAUUGUUGAUAUUCUUUGAAUGCAAAAAGAGCAGGAAUCUCAAAGCACUAUGGCUAUCGACAGUGAGCCUAUCCAUGAAGAGGUUCUGGCGACCCGCCGUUCGCGCCGUAGCACUGCGGGCAAUCGGAUGCAAGCAGCAAUGGCGGAGAUGGAAAUUGAGUCUUCUUUCAAUGAACAGGAAGAUGACGCAGAUUAUACAAACGAAAAGGUCGAGGAGGAUAUCUUUGACGUCGAUUUUGAAAGCACAGACGAAGAGUUGGACACAGAAGAUGGUGAUGCUGGUCUGCGAGAGGAGGAAAGACGUGUACACAAGUUGUCGAAAGUUCGUCUGGAGAAAGCUACAGAAGCCGCACACAUUCGUAACAAAGCUACCUUUGACCCUAAUACUGGCACGGAGUCCACCGUUGUGAGCGCCGUGCCAAAGCGGCUGCAGCGACAGUCAGAGGCCGGAGAACCCUCAUCUCAGCGUCAAUCAGGC